ACGUACCUGGCUAUAUAGCCUGCAACAACACAGCUUCGUUCUCCAAUCUCUCGUGCAGUUCGCGACGUUCGCACAUUUGUUUUCAUCUACAUUCGGAAUAUUUCCGUAAUUUCGGUAGUGUGAUCUGUUAUAAUUUUUCAUUUAAAAAUGAUUACGUUUACACGAAUUACGCGUAUAUUGGCGCGUGUGAUUACGAAUCUGUAACUAUAAUAAGUAGAUAUUUUCUUAUAUCGAAUCUAACCUAACCUAACCUGUGCACGUGCACGUGAGUUCUCCCCGUCUGUUAAAUGAAAUAUGAAAUUUGUAUUUGCACACGUGUCGAUAAUUCGCGUGAGUUCGGAUAAACGUCGCAAUUGGAAUGGCACGAUUAAGCAACAAAGCGAAGCUGAAGUCGUUGGUCACCGUGACGAGCAGCGCUGUCGCCCUGUUCGGCGGUAUCUCUCUCUAUCGGGGCGACGAAAGAUUUUACAGUGACGUCGCUAUGCCCUUGGUGCAACUGGUAGAUCCGGAAAUCGCCCACGAACUCGCGGUGAAAGCUCUGAAGUAUGGCCUCGCGCCAAGUCAAAAAACGGAAGAUCCCAGGUCGCUCCGUACGACCGUGUUGGGCUUGCAAUUGAAAAGUCCGAUUGGCAUGGCUGCGGGCUUCGAUAAGCAAGGAGAGGCGGUGGAGGGAUUGCACAAGAUUGGUUUCAGUUUUGUGGAGAUAGGUUCCGUGACACCUAAGCCUCAGUCGGGCAAUCCAAAACCCAGAGUUUUCAGAUUGCCGGAGGAUAAAGCGGUUGUAAAUAGAUAUGGAUUCAACAGCGACGGCCACGACGCCGUGUGGAAACGUCUGAAGGGAUUGAAGGAGAGCAAGAGUUUUGACGGUAUUCUCGGGGUGAAUUUAGGGAAGAACAAGGAGACGGAGGACGCGACUCGAGACUACGUCGAUGGCAUAAAGAGAUUCGUGGACGUGGCGGAUUAUUUUGUGAUCAAUAUAUCUAGUCCGAACACGCCGGGUUUGAGGUCUCUGCAGAACAAGAGGAAUCUGGAAGAGUUGCUGACCGCGGUGAACGCAGCGAGAGAAUCGGCGGGCGGCAAACAGCCGUUGUUCUUGAAAUUGGCUCCGGAUCUGUCGGAUUCCGAGCGACAAGAUGUGGCGGACGUAGUUUUAAGUGAGAAGUCCAGGGUCGAUGGCUUGGUCUUGUGCAAUACCACGAUCACGCGGCCUAACCUGACGAAUCCGAACAGGCAAGAGAGCGGGGGCCUCAGCGGUGCACCUCUCGCAGAUAUUUCCACGGCCAUGAUAUCCGACAUGUAUAGACGAACGCGUGGCAGCAUCCCGAUUAUAGGCGUAGGCGGUGUUUUCUCUGGGCAUGAUGCUUAUGUUAAAAUAAGAGCCGGCGCUUCGCUGGUGCAACUUUAUACCUCAUACGUGUAUCACGGGCCACCGGUGGUCGCCAAGAUCAAAAGAGAGCUGUGCGAGAUACUUGAAGCCAACGGGUUUUCUUCGGUUACCGAUGCACUAGGCAAGGACGCUAAAAAUAAAUAGAUACGUUUCCUAACAUGUUUACACUUUACGUGCACACGAUUCAAUGCAAUUUAUAUAAGGCCUAUUGUAGAUAAGUAAUACUUUGUUAAUUAUAUUGUUACAAUUGAAGAAGCGUUUUUAUUAUGAUGUUUGUAUUAAAUCAGCAGUAAUUUAUAUUGUCAACUUAAGUACUUUCAUUUUCAGCUCACUUCCUUGUUACAGCCUAUUAAUCAUGUAUUGUCAUGUAUAUCAGGUAUUGUUGCUAUCAAUUUAUGACGCAAAUCAAGAAAUUAAAAUAUAUUACAUAGCGAUA